UACAAGUGUGUUACAGAUGUAUUAGAUUUAGCUAAUGAAUUGUCAGCAUGUUAAAAGAGGCCUAUAGCUGCCCCUGUUCUCAAUGAAAAUGUAAUUCUGUACAUCACAGGAUAUAAAGGUCUAUUAGAUGUUGAAGAUUGUAUGUUAUACCGUUGGACUUGACACCUAAGGCUCUGUUGGAUCUGUAAGAGUGGGAGUCGUGUGUGUCAGGGCCCACACACCGCAGUCCAACCUCUGCUCACUGCUGUUUUUCAACAUUAUAAUGUUGAUCUCAGCAAAUGCCUGCUGGGCAGUGGAGCGAGCAGGUGAGAGAGAGAGAGAAAGAGAGAGGGAGUGUGUGUGUGUGUGUGUGUGUAUGUGUGACAGUGACCGGGAGAAAGGUUUAGAGAGAGAGAACAGGAGAGUGAAAGAGUGUUAGCAUAAAUGUCAGGUUCAUAGUUAAUGCUAAAUAGUGAAAUAGGGGGCUUCACAAAAUUCUGUGGCAUUACAGAACAUUUCUAUACCGCUCACUUGCUUUGACCGAUUGUUCGAUUAAAACAAUUGAUUUAGCGGUUAACGCCAAUGACUUCUUCAAGGCCAUUUUAUGGAAUUAAUUUUAAUAAGCGCUUAAUGAGUUGUGCCGAUGUGAAGUGUGAUUAACCCUUUGUAUGUUUGUGGGUGACGCGACCAUUGCUUGCUCUCUCUAGACUGUACUUUCUCCCUAGGCUAGAAAUCUUGAAGCAUGGGUGACUGGAGCUUUCUGGGGCGUCUGUUGGAGAAUGCACAGGAACACUCAACAGUAAUCGGCAAGGUCUGGCUGACUGUCCUCUUCAUCUUUAGGAUCCUGGUGCUGGGAGCGGCAGCCGAGGACGUGUGGGGCGACGAGCAGUCGGACUUCACCUGCAACACACAGCAGCCUGGGUGUGAGAACGUCUGCUAUGAUGAGGCUUUCCCCAUCUCGCACAUCCGCUUCUGGGUGCUGCAGAUCAUCUUUGUGUCCACGCCCACCCUCAUCUACCUGGGUCACGUACUGCACAUCGUCCGCAUGGAGGAGAAGCGGAAAGAGAAGGAGGAGGAGCUGCGAAAGGCCAACAGACUCCAGGAGGAAAAGGAACUCCUUUACAAUGAAGGAGGGGAUGCAGGGGGAGGAGGAGGUGGUAAAAAAGAGAAGCCACCUAUCAGGGAUGAGCAUGGCAAGAUCCGCAUUAGGGGUGCCCUGCUGCGCACCUAUGUGUUCAACAUCAUUUUCAAGACCCUUUUUGAAGUGGGGUUUAUUUUAGGUCAAUAUUUUCUUUAUGGCUUCCAGCUUAGGCCGCUAUACAAGUGUGCACGGUGGCCCUGCCCCAACACUGUGGACUGCUUCAUAUCUAGGCCCACUGAAAAGACGAUUUUCAUAAUAUUUAUGCUUGUGGUGGCUUGCGUGUCUCUUUUGCUGAAUUUGUUAGAGAUUUAUCACCUUGGGUGGAAGAAAGUUAAACAGGGAAUGGCCACCCCUGAUCAUGUGUUGUUGCCCCGCUCUGAUGGUGUGGGGCCGGAGUCCAUAACUUCUGCCUCCAGAACUGCCCUUCCCAACCUCGGCUACCCACCGACGUACACGGAUGUGACAGCUGGGAGUGGUGCGUUCCUGCGGCCCAAGGUAGAGGCCUCCCUGGCAGAGUUCAAGAUGGACCCCCUGCAGGAGGGGCCCUCGUCCUCCUACUACAUGAGCAGCAACAACAACCAAAGGCUGACCACGCAGCAGAACUGGGCCAACUUGGCCACCGAGCAGCAGACUCGGGAGAUGAAGGCCACAUCCCCCUCCUCCUCCCCUUCCUCCGCCCCUUCCUCCGCCCCCUCCUCUGAUAGUAAGCAGCAGCCCUGUAAUGCUGCUCCCCCCACCACCACCAGCCCCAGCUCCAGCUCCAGCUCCAGUGGGGGCAGUUUGAGUGGGGGGAAUGUGGAUCAGGAGGAAGGCCACGUCACCACCACAGUGGAAAUGCACGAGCCCCCCGUCAUGGUCACAGACCCUCGCCGGCUCAGCAGGGCCAGUAAGAGCAGCAGCAUCAGAGCCAGGCCCAACGACUUGGCAGUAUAGUUAGUCCCCCUAAAUACACCUCCAACCUUCCAAAGCCCUCCCAACUGCCCCAAUGACUUUUCUAUAAAAAAAAAGAUUAAAAAAAAUAAAUAAUAAUAAUAAUGUGAGGCAAGGGUCUGGGAUCUGGAGUUGUUGCCUAAUAUAUAUAUUAACAGCAGUUAAUAUCAGUGCAAUUGGUGAGUUGUAGCAUAUGCAUUAUGAUACAAAACCAUGUGCAGUGUGAUUGUGCAAUGUGUGUUAAAAUGGUCUCACAGGCCGAAGGCUUCAAUAUACUGGACAUCAGGGGACUUUAGGGUUCUCAUACCAGUUUAAAAUGGCCAAGUAACUUCUUUGUUUGAAUUCGGUUUCAAUGGCCUAGUAUGUCAAUGUGCUCGUCAACAGUGGUUGUUGUUGUGUUUAUUUGAUGAACAUAAAAGCCUAUUUAUUCCAAUAAGGAAUGAUACUGUACAUUCAUCAAGUCGUUGAGUUCGAUUGGCAAAUUGCUGAGAACCAAUUUGGAAUAAAACUGUAAUGUGGAACAAGUA